AGCACCCAUCAAGGCCAUGGCAAGCGCACCCCCGCUGGAGUCAUCCACUCUUGUGGGACACCCUCCUCCUCCCUCGUAUGAGGAGGCACUGGGAUCAAAUCCCAUGUACCCACCAAUGCCCUACGCUCCUGCUCCAGACAUGAAGACAUCUGUGCCUCCGUAUCCAGCACAAGCCUACUGUCCCAUGUAUCCACCACCACCAGCUCAACAAGGUCAACCUGUCACCAGUCCUGUUGUAUCUGUGCAGACCGUGUACGUUCAGCCUGGGCUGGUGUUCGGGAGUGUCCCGGUGCAGGCACAUUGCCCAGUGUGCUCACUGAACGUGAUAACUCGCCUGGAGUAUACAUCAGGAGCAUUAGCUUGGCUCUCUUGUGCAGGCCUGGCCAUUUUUGGUUGUAUCUACGGCUGCUGCCUGAUUCCCUUCUGUGUGGACAGCCUGAAGGAUGUGAUACACCACUGUCCGAACUGCAGCAGCGUUUUAGGAGUCCACAAGAGAAUCUGAAGCAGCUGCAGAACAUAUGAAUGAGUUGUGUAACAUACCACUCUGUGUUUAUAAUGGGGAAAAGUUACAGUCAAUUCAUUUUUUUUUAGCAAGAGUUAAUUCAAUAUCUGUUCCACCGACACAGUGACUAGUAUUCGAACG